UGUUUCCUCUUCAAAACGCAUACACACAAUUACACACACACACACACAAUUCAUAACAAUUCAUAACAUUAACACUACUCUCUCUCUCUCUCUCUCUCUCUCUCUCUAAAGUUGGGUUUUUUUAAUUUUUAGUUUAAUUUUUGGUGGUGUUGGGGAGGAGAUGGGGAGCUCAACAGUUGGAGAAGUGGAUGAUGAUGAAUAUUCUAAGCUCAUAAGGAAGAUGAACCCACCAAGGGUUGUGAUAGAUAAUGAUGCUUGCGACACCGCGACGGUGAUUCGGGUUGAUAGUGUAAAUAAGCAUGGGACUCUCCUUGAGGUUGUGCAAGUGAUUGCUGAUCUUAAUCUUGUGAUCACCAAAGCUUAUAUUUCUUCUGAUGGGAGCUGGUUUAUGGAUGUGUUCAACGUGAUCGACUGCGACGGCAACAAAAUUCUCGAUAAGAAGAUCAUCUCCUACAUCCAAACCACCCUCGAGUCGGACGAAUGCUUCUUCCCGAAAUUCCGAAACUCGGUCGGCAUAGUCCCCUCGAGCUCGAAGGAUUGUACGUCGAUCGAGCUCGUCGGCCCUGACCGGCCCGGCCUCCUCUCGGAGAUAUGCGCGGUGCUCAACAACCUCAAUUGCAGCGUCGUGAGCGCCGAGGUUUGGACCCACAGCAACCGCGUUGCGGCCGUCGUGCAGGUCACUGACGAUCCAACUGGUCUAGCAGUCGAGGACCAGGCGCGGGUCGCCGUGAUCAAGAAUAGCCUAUGCAACAUCCUCAAGGGGAGCGGUGGCAACUACGAGUCGCAUGCCGCGAAAACCGUGGUCUCGAGGGGGGGGACGCACAAGGAGAGGAGGCUCCACCAAAUGAUGUUCGACGAUCGGGACUACGCGAGAAAGAGGUUCGAGGGCGGGAGCGAGAGCUCGAGGACGAACGUUGCGGUGAUGGAUUGCCCCGAGAAGGACUACACAGUGGUGAUCAUCCGAUCGAAGGAUCGGCCCAAGCUUCUUUUCGACACGGUUUGCACGCUCACCGACAUGGACUACGUCGUGUAUCACGGCACGGUUGACUCGGGAACGGAAGAAGCCUACCAGGAAUACUAUAUACGACAUGUCGAUGGGCUACCGCUACGAUCGGAGGCCGAGAGGCAACGCUUGAUCCAAUGCCUCGAGGCCGCCAUCGAGCGAAGGACAUCGGAGGGAUUGGAAUUGGAGGUGAGGACCGAGGACCGGGUCGGGCUACUAUCGGAGAUCACGAGGGUGUUCCGCGAGAGCGGCUUGACGAUUCGGAGAGCCAACAUAUCGACGCGGGGCGGGGAAGCGCUCGACACAUUCUACCUCACCGAGAACGCCGGUAACCCCAUCGACGCCAAGACGAUCGAGUCGAUACGCGAGAGAGUCGGCCACAAAAUCCUGAGGAUCAAACACAACCCUUUCAGUAGCAGCAGCAACAAGCCCCCUGCUGCACUGAGUUUCGCCGCUUUUCUUUUCGCCAGCUUCUUCAAGGGGUACCGGUUCGAGAGCUUUCGAUCGAUCCGGUCGUAUUCGUGAACCCGAUGUAAAAAUUUCGCAUAAGAAAAAUUUAAUAGAUGAUGAGUAGUUUAGCUUAGGUUUUGUGAAUAUUUUCAUAUCUUUGUAGCCUCUCUACUUGAAAAGAAUCUUAGAUUAAAACUUGUAUAUAUAUUUGUGUAAAUAUUCAUAUAUCUUGUGUAAAUAGCAAACUAGGUUUUCUUAUUAGAUGUGUAAAUACAUAUUCUAACAUUUUAUA